AUGACCCAUGCUGAGCUCAUGCAUUGGGCAGAUACGGUCCGGAUAGAUGAUCUCAUUGCGGAAGGAUUGGUCUCCGCCCAGCAUGUUAUGGCCAAUGACACUCUGGCCGAGGUUGAGAUGGACACAUUCCAAGGUGCGGGCAUGCCUCUCAUGGGUGCGAACUCGACAGACACUGCGACAAGUCCGUUACCUGGCAUUCUAGGUGGCCGCGGUGACGUCCAUGAUACUGGUGGAGUGGCAAACCCGCUUGGAGCACGGCAAACAGAUGAGUCUCAAUUCUCUGAGACGUCUCCCGUCCUGCUCAACACUUCAGACCCCAAAGUGACACCACUCAUCAAGAACGCGACGUUACAGGACCUCGACAGUGCUCGCCGGCUUGUGGAGGAUGCUAUUGAAAAGUCGUCCGAGCUCAACAUGGCCCGCUUCUCGAACCCGCGCCGAAACAUCUACGCCCUUCAACCGGGAACAGUUCUUGGAAGUUCUGCAGCUAAUGCCCCUCGAGCACUUGAUGCUCAGUAUGAUGCCCAGGACGACGUCCCCGCCCUCUUGGAGAUCACCGAUGAUAUUGCCGAAGCUGCCGCAUUGGUCUCCGAGGCUGAUGCCCUGGGCCUCAUUGGCAACUUCACUGGCAACAUCACCAGGAGGGAGGUUCAAAUGGCCGCUUCGGGGUCAUACUGGAUGGAAGCCUUGGACAGGAAGGGGACGGUGCCCUGGGGAGACGACCCAGCCUAUAAGGUUUUUCGAAAUGUUCGCGAUUAUGGCGCAGUGGGUGACGGAGUCACGGAUGACACAAAGGCCAUCAAGAAUGCUAUGAGUGACCAGAAAAGGUGUGCAAAAGGAUGCAACGGUUCGACUACCAAGAACGCGAUUAUUUACUUCCCGCCCGGAUCUUACCGAAUUUCCACCACAAUUCCUAUGCCAUUCGGAACGCAGGUUAUUGGUGAUGCAAACAACUGGCCGACGCUUAUAGCGACCAAGAGUUUCAUCGGUCUGGGCGUCCUAUCCACCGACGAAUAUACAGGUGGUGGCAUAGGUAUAGACGGAGCGGAUCAACAGUAUUAUGUCAACACUGCCAAUUUUUAUCGCCAAAUCAGAAAUAUUCGCAUCGACAUCACCCAGACGCGACCUACUCAAGGGGUUGCCUGUCUCCACUACCAGGUUGCGCAAGCGACGAGCCUACAGGACGUAGAGCUCAUUGCCACCAAGGGCACAAAACAACGUGGUAUCUUUGCCGAGAACGGCAGUGGCGGUGCAAUCUCAGACGUCACGUUCCGAGGGGGUGGUUUUGGAAUUUACGGUGGGAACCAGCAAUUCACUGCCCAACGUCUCAAGUUUGACGGAUGCGACACGGGCGUUCAAGUCAUUUGGGAUUGGGGCUGGGUGUGGAAGUCCAUCACCAUGAGCAACGUCGGCGUUGGCUUCCGUCUCCUGCGCGAGGAGACUUCUCCUACGACAAAGAGACAGACUGUCCCUGGCAAAGGGGGAGAAGGAAACAUUGGUUCUGCUUCCUUCAUCGACUCUACUUUCCAGAACGUGGGCACUGCGAUCCUUAUUGCACCGCCAGACUCUACACCUGGGUCGGGAAGCACCGGUGUCAUUGUUGAAAACGUCAAGUUCGAGGGAGUGUCUCAACCCGUGGCGGACACAAGCGGCAGCACCCUGUUGAGUUCUGCAGGGACAGUCGAUCACUGGGCUCUGGGCCCGGUGUACAAUUCCAACGGCACAUUUUCCAUGGGAGGAAAGGUUGGAAAUUACCGCAAGCAACCGGGCCUUCUUGAUAACAACGGUGCCUAUUUUGAACGCGCGAAACCGCAAUACAAGGACCGAGGGGUUGGCGACUUUUUGCACGUCAAAGACUUCGGCGCCCUCGGCGAUGGUUCGACCGAUGACACAGCUGCGUUCCAACAGGCAUUGUGGGGUAGCCAAGGCAAAAUCUUGUUUGUGGACGCAGGCUCUUACAUCUUGACCGGCACAGUUACUAUCCCACUCGGUUCCAAGAUCGUGGGUGAGACCUGGUCCCAGCUGGUUGCAUCCGGGCCUUAUUUUUCGGACGCAAGCAACCCAAAGGUCAUGAUCAAGGUCGGUACUGAGGGCGAGAUCGGGGACAUCGAAAUGCAAGAUUUGCUUUUUACCACAAAAGGUCCCACAGCUGGUGCGAUACUCGUGGAGUGGAACGUGAAGGCUGAAAGUCCCGGUUCUGCCGGCCUAUGGGAUUGCCAUGCUCGCAUCGGGGGCGCCACCGGAACGGGCUUGACGCCUGCUGAAUGCCCGGCAUUGACGUCCGGGAUCGCUUCGGGGUGUAAUGCUGCCAGCCUCAUGAUGCACAUUACUCCUAGGGCCUCUGGGUAUUUCGAGAACAUGUGGCUUUGGGGCGCAGACCAUAUGAUUGACGAUCCUGAUCUCGGCGAUGCCAACAACACAAUGGUGCAAAACUCCGUCUAUGUCGCCAGGGGUUUGCUCGUGGAGAGUGUGGCACCCACUUGGCUCUACGGGACUGCAUCCGAGCACGCCGUCUACUACCAGUAUAACUUCCACAACGCUCAAAAUGUCUUUGCUGGCAUGAUUCAAACCGAAUCACCUUAUUUUCAACCGACCCCUAAGCCUCCUAUGCCAUUUGAAAAAGUGGUAGGGACUAUAGGUGGUGAUCCGGAUUAUAAUUGCACCGCCACUAAUGGGCUGGAUGGAUGUGAUUCUUCAUGGGGUGUUAUGAUUCGAGGAUCUGCCAAUAUCUUCAUUGCAGGAGCCGGUCUCUAUUCUUGGUUCUCGACAUACACUCAAGACUGUAUCGACAAGCAUUCCUGCCAAAAGGCAUUGCUGUUGCUCGAGGAUAACUUUGCCAAUGUUCGCAUCCAGCAGCUCAUUACAAUUGGGGCUGAGUACAUGGCAGUCCAAGAUGGGGUUGGCAUCCCUGCGUUGGACUACCUGAAUGUCGAAACACACCCGCGAUGGUCCCAGCUUACUGUCUUGGACGCCGCUGGCGACGGCAGUGAGUUUGGCGGCAUGGUGUGGAUAGAUCCCAAGAUUUGGGAUAUGGACACCCCGACAUUCUCCUGUGCGGCCCCUUGCCUGGUCAAGAUACCGCCUUGGACAGGUGCAACAUCGACGGUCGACUAUCCCAGGAUCACUGUCAGCCAGGGCACCUGGACGAGCACCAUCACACGAGCGCCCCUGACUUUGUCACAUCUGAUGUUCGAGCCCGUCACACUGAGGGCUGAUGCUGGGAACCUGAAGCGUCGGCAGGGGUUCUCAGAGUUCUGGCCUGUGCCCACGACGACACCGUACUGGCCCCCAGUGACGUAUACUGAGCCUGACGGAGCUGUCAAGACGACGGCGCCGACGAUUGCGUUCCCAAAACCACCCGCCACGAUCGGGCCAGGAGCACCAGCACCUUGGGGUGGUCGCUGGCCACGUAGAGCAAUUACACCGAUCCAAGAUCCGGUUGUGUGGGGCUCACCAGCUGUUGGUCAGUGCAGCUACCUCGACUUCAACUGCGUUCCUGACCCAUGGACAUAUACAGGUAUGGGAGGAGGAAAUGGUGGUGGCGGGGACGAUGGAUGGGUAGAGGAGGACGGUGAUGAGGACAGAAUCACCUGCGCACCAGAGACCACCAUUACCGAGACCGCAACGGCAACGACCACCGUCGCGGCUACCAUCACUGAGCCUGCGGAGCCGGAGGCAUCGCCAAUGGAGCAUGCCGACGCGAGUAAGAAUGUGAGAGAUUGCUACGACGCAGGACAGGACACAACCCAUGUGCGACUGGACGAGGCCAUCAAUUCGUUCUGCAAGCAGAUCGGGGACCCGGGUGAUGUGCUUGCCGCUGGGACAGUCAAGAAGGCAAACAAGGAACCCCCUUCGAACGGGGGCUCGGUUGUCGAGAUUGUCUUCAAGCUCGAGGUCAAGGAAAAGUGCGAGUGGUCGUAUGAUUACAACGAGUGCGUGAGGUAUUUGGGUGUGCCUGUGGACAGUUGCAACUGUGGCGGUAUCAAUGGCAAGCAAGGGGGCACGGUGGAGAAUAAUUGUCUCUACUGGAGAGUUGACCCUAAUAAGAAGUGGUAA